AGUGGCACAAUCAGUGAUAACACAGAGCCUGAUGAACAAGAUUCCCAACCUUAACAAAUUGGCCUCUGUUCAUGCCUUAAGCAUUACUACUUAAUUGAUGAACCAAAGACGUGGCAUGAAGCACUAGAUUACUGCAAAGAGAAGUACAAUAACCUGGCCAUUGUAAACAAUGUGGAGGACAUGGAGCGGCUGAUCGCAGCUGCUGGCAGCAGUUAUGAGGGGAGAGUGUGGAUAGGUCUGUAUGACCAAAGCGAGAAAUGGAUAUGGGCCCUGAAUGAUUGGAGUUUGUAUGGACAUAAUGAUUGGAACUUCAGGAACUGGAGGAGCGGUGAACCAAAUGACAUGAGAACACACCGGCUGAUGUGUGUUGUUUCCCGGGAUGGUUUCUGGUAUGAUGCCUACCUGCGAUCAACAACCAACCUGAUGACAUGGCACGAUGCUGUGAACUACUGCAGACAGCACCACACAGAUCUGACCAGUGUGAGGAAUCUAACUGAGAAUGAGAUGAUCCAGCAGAAAGUACCAAGUGGCACACUGUCUUGGAUCGGACUGUACAGACACGUCUGGAUCUGGCGGCCAGAUAACAGUCACUCUGAUUUCAGUUACUGGGUAGAUGAACACCCAAAGCUUAACACUGGUGACUGUGCUAUGAGUGUGAUUGAUGCUGUUAACCGUGGAAAGUGGGUGGAAAGCUACUGUAGCGAAAAAUUUCACUUCAUGUGCCAGAGCAAUGAGACACAUCAGUUUCAUAUCAAGCUGACAGCAGUGAAAUCCUCAGGCGACCUGAAUGACCCUAACGUGACGGAGGCCAUCUUGAAUGUGUUACAGGCGAAGAUGAACGAGAGCGGGUUUUCAAAAAAUGUCAAACUCAAAUGGAUAAAAAAGCCUGGCAAAAAUAUCUUCCACAAAGAAGAAGAGGAUAGAGAUUCAGUGAAGACUGAGCUCUAAUAUCAAUCAUUGAUUACUGAAGUGCAGUAGUGUGCUUGCCAGGCCAGUAGAUGGCGAUGAACAACAUCACAGGCAUGUGAUUCACUUUAAAGUGAAAGAAAGGCCUCACUGCAACAAAGGUUUACCAUUUUAUGCCAAAAACAUUGGCAUGUAAAGAGGGCCUAUUUAUUAUUUUUGGCUAAAUUAUGUCUUCCCAUUAAGUAAACUGGUAAUAAAAUGACAAAUUUUUGUAGUUAUUCCUUUAAAAAUAUCAUCCAUUUGUGUGUUUUCUAAGUUGAAGAAUUCUAUUUUAGAGCAGUAGAAAUAAUUAUAGUGUUUAAUAUAAGAUUGUUUGCAGUGCAAAACAGUAACAUAUUUUAAAUGUGUGACAGGUUUCUCUAUAACAGAUUUACAGAAUAUUUGUGCAGCUACUAUGAACAUCUACACAUUUGAAUACUGCCAAAAAACGCCUAGUGUAAGAGCAUAUGCCUUUUAGAUAUUUAAGUCUCUCUGUGCACAUGCAUUUGUUUAGUAAAUAUCACUUUAUAUCAUCCAGAUUAAUGUUUUUACACAUUUAAACAUAUUAGAAAAUUGACUGUAUCUAAGAGAGAAAAAGUGGGUUCAACA